UGCCUUCUUCGUCGCUGUAACAACCUGAAGCACUCGACCUUCACGUAUUGUCAUCCUGGCGAUCUGAACGCUGACCUGUUCAAUCUUAUCUGGGGUCCGACAGUUUCAGCUCUCUGCUUUAUCUUCGAUAAAGCGACCUCGGACUGUGGACUGCAGGCACGAGCAAUGUCCGGCUUCACACGCUGCGCCGGUAUUGCUGCCCAUUAUGGCCUCACCGAUGUCCUUGAUAACCUAGUUAUUUCACUCUGCAAAUUCACCUCUCUUCUCACAGCUGGAGAGACGACUGACAUUAGCCUUGCAGUCUCGCUGGGGCGCAACGUCAAGGCGCGCUUGGCUGCUGGGCUGGUCUUUCAUCUGGCUGGUCGGUAUGCUGAUGGUAUCCGGGAUGGAUGGCGCUCCUUGAUUGACUGCCUUAUUCAACUGUUCCGACUCAACCUGGCUCCCAGUGGACUGGUGUGGACUGACGACUUUGUGGCUCCAAAUGGCCGGAUUCGGCUCUGCCCUGGUUUGGCUGGGCUAGCUGCUCGUUGUGGAGGCGGUGGUAUUGCGGGGCUCUUUUAUAACUCGGCUGGAUUAACUACUUUUAGGCCACGCGGAAGAACUCCAGCGCAGAAGGCAGGUCACGGGCCCGGGUAUCCUAACGCAAAGGAAGAGAAUUCGGCUAGGAGUCAUCGCGAUUUUGAUUCUGUUGAGUAA